CACGGUGAUCUGAUUUUGCUGCGUUGUGGGAUUUGCAAUCGAUGAUUGUUUCCACCGACUAAGUGCUGAGUUGCGUUUUUCAAUCACGUUGACAAAUUUCAUAUAGGUAUUGCGUUAGCUCCACGUGAAUUUUCACUACUUAAGCUCCUCAGAUCGAUCCUCUUGAUUCAUUCCGCUACACAGGAAGCAAGGAAAACCCACUGUUCUCUCUACUGAAGCUACAAGGACAUCAUCAUCAUACAAUGUCAAAACCCUCGUCCCACGCUGAAGAUUUAUAUCUCUCAUCCUCCACGGAGGAAGAUUCGUCGGCACCGCCGCCGCCACCGCCGAAGGUUGACGUGAUCGACAAAAGAAAAAAUCCAAGCCGCCAACAUCGACGAGCUCGAGCAAGAGGUCAAAACGUUCGUCCCAUACCGAUUCGUAUCUCUCAUCCUCCACUGAGGAAGAUUUGCCAGCACCGCCACCGCUACCACCGAAGGCUGACGCGGUCGAAAAAAGAAAAAAUCCAAGCCAUCGACAUCGUCAGCAAGCUCGAGCAAGAGGGUCAGAAUAGCUCCUGUGAAGCCGCGGCACGGCACUGCAGCGGAACUAUUCGGUGCCGAUAGCGAUGACGAGGGAUUAGAAGCGAACCAACCUGCAGGGGAGGUGGGAUCACGUAACCGUCCGUUAUCCAGAACUAUUUUAAUGAAAUGUGACAAAUGUCAAAUUAAAUUGCCUAAGAAUGAAUACAAUGCCCAUUUGAGAACUAAUUUACAUAAAUCGAAUUGCAUAUUGAAAACUGAUUUGAAUAAUAUUGAAAUUAUAGCAACAGCCUUUAAAAACAGAAUAGUCACCUAUCGUCUGAAUGCAACACAAAAUGAAUACGUAACUCCUGAGACGUUUUUGUGUGAUAUCAAAAGUAACAUUAUGAAAGUUGUAGAAAUGUCAUUACGGGAACAUAAAAGUAUCAAAAUAAACUAUGAGCUUUUCGUUUACUUUACAUUACCUCAUUCAGGCAAACAACAGUUAAAGUCAUUCAAUACAAAAUAUGAUGUUAUUUAUGAAAACACAAAUAUCAAUGAACUGUUUGAAAAUACGAUUGAACAUUUAAAAAAUAAAGUUAUAGAAUUUGAGCACCGUGAAUCAGGCUGGUCUUUUGUCGCAAUAAGUCAUUUAGAAGUUAACGUAAACAAGUAUUGUCCGAUGCGAGGAGGUACUUACAUACCUUUACCCCCAAGUGUCAAAAAUACUAAAAGCUGCAUUAAUAUUCAAAACAACGAUAAUUGUUGCUUUUUAUGGAGUAUACUGGCUGGUCUAUAUCCUGCAAAGAAUAAUGUGUGUCGAACUAAAUCAUACCCGCACUAUUCAGAUGUUUUAAAUAUCGAUGGAAUGUCAUUCCCAUUAUCAGUCAGCGAUAUACAGUUAUUUGAAAAAAAUAACCCUGAUAUAAGCAUUUGUAUAUAUGGAUUGGAUAAUAAGUAUGCAGUAACAGGUCCUCUAUAUAGAUCCAAAUCAAAGAAAAAUAAUCAUUUUAAUCUAUUAUAUAUUGAAGUCGUUGGUAAAGGACAUUACUGUUUAAUUAAAGACCUGGUACGAUUAGUUAGAAGACAAGUAACUUUACAUAGAGGCCACAUGCAUUUCUGUGACUCAUGUUUGCAAUUUUUUAAAAGCGAUAAUAAAUUUAAAACACACCAUUGUUCCGAAAUUGUAACAGUUUUACCUAAUGAAAAUACUGUCAUUCAAUUUAAGAACUUCGAACGUAAACAAAAAAUCAAUUUUAUUAUAUACGCUGAUUUUGAAAGUAUGUUAAUUAAUUGUAAUUCAGACAGUAGUAAAAAUACGCAAAACCUAAAAAAGCAUGUCCCGACAUGUUUCGGUUAUUACAUAUGCUGCUCGCACGAUGCAAGUUUGAAUAAAUAUGUUUCUUACAGAGGUGAAGAUUGUGUAAAAGUUUUUGUUGAAUGGUUAAUAAACGAUAUUCAUGAAAUUCACAACAUACUAAUUAAAAAUAAUCCUAUGAAUCCAUUAACAUAUAAAGAAAAGUGUAAUUAUGAGAAUGCUACACACUGUCAUAUUUGUAAGCAGUUUUUAUUUGGUGACAAAGUCCGUGAUCACGAUCACAUUACAUCAGAGUACAGAGGUGCAGCUCAUUCACUUUGCAAUUUGAAAUACAGAAUCUGUUCCUUUAUACCAGUUGUCUUACAUAAUUUGACGGGGUAUGAUAGUCAUUUAUUUAUAGAAGAACUUGCAAAGUACCCCGGGUCUAUCAAAAUAAUGCCACAGUCCAAGGAAAAAUAUUCAAGCAUAACAAAAACUAUAUAUUCUACUAACAAAUCGAGCGCCAAACCAAUUGAAAUAAAGUUUAUCGAUUCUUUUCAAUUUCUUAGUUCCAGUUUAUUUGAGUUAACCAAAAGUUUGAAUAAAGAGGAUUUUGUUAACUUGUCUAAAGAAUUUACUGAUACCCACCACUUUCAGUUAUUAACACGUAAAGGUGUUUAUCCCUAUGAUUACAUUGAUUCCUGGUUGAAAUAUGAAGACAAUAAACUACCGACAAAAGAAAUGUUUUAUAAUACUCUAAAAUCUAAACACAUCUCAGAUAUUGAUUAUAAUCAUGCCGAAACUGUGUGGUCAGCUUUUAAUAUAAUGACU